CGCUUUGUGCUGAAACCGUUUCUCUAUCUAACUGCGCUGCUUAUUUGAAAAGCGAGCCCCAAUAAUCGCAGCUUCGGUUUUCACACUGGGGAACGUAUCUACCUGACAUUUAGCUACACGUGUAAUCUACCUGUGUUCUGUUUUUUAUCGCUGUGAGGACCGCUGAAACGCCACUGACCGUCACUUGUCUUAUUGAGUAAUACUGGACUGGAACAAAUUGAGACUGUCAGCUCAUCCCGCCUUUGCCUGGACUGGGGAGUUUAGUGCCUGUGCCUGUUGUAGGCUGUGUGUGUUUGUUCCUCACCAGUGAUUCCUUAUGCUUGAUCGAAGCUGCACCCUGUGUCGUACAGGAUGGAUGGUGUGGACUUAAAGAGACCUGUAUAUCAACAUCAGCACUUUGUGUUCUGCUGCAGUGUUCAGUCCCUCUCCAUUUGUAAGAGAACGCAUCUCGUCUUACACCUUCAGUCCCCGAAAUAUAUUUAUAAAGAUAGUCUUUGAGCAAUAAAAAGGGAGAGCUGGAGAUAGACAUUGUAAAUCUUUCUCUUUUUUUCCUAUUUGAAGCACAGCUAGAUAUUGCUUACAUAAGCCAAAAUGGCAAGCAUGAAAAUAUCCUUAUUUUAAUUUUUCAGUUAUCGUACCUCCUUAACUCUUAGUGUGGGUGGUGGGAUGUCGGAAAAGCCAGACGACAAAAUGGUGAAGUUCCUGGCUCCCCCUCAGAAAAGUGGAAAUGGCCCUAGUUCUGGUUCAGAUUCGAUGGUUGGUGAGGGUCGGCCAGUGGAAGUGAGACGCCGGCAUCACACCAUGGAACGCGAUCGAUGUAACCCUGAACACCGUUUUCUACGUCGCAGUGUCAUCAGUGAUUCUAAUGCCACAGCUUUGGCCCUUCCUUUACCCAGCAAGAUCCCCAUCCCUACGCCUCAGCUGGUUCAGCCACAGGAAGCAGUCCUCCAGCAGCAAAAGACUGCUGGUACUUACUCACCCAAGGCUGAACCAAGUUUAUCUCAAAAUGAGAAGUCUGUGCAUGGUGGAAAAGAGGGAGAAGGAAAAGAUAUAGAAAUAGCCAGGGUGGCUGUAGUGCCUUCACAGCAAGAGCCUGCUAGAGUGCGUGACAUCUGUGAUGGAGAGGCAGUAGUAGCAGCUCACACGACACCCAGCCUGGAAACAGAAUUGCCAAGUCAAGUUGAACCUGAAAGCGGCACUGAGGUGAAGGUACAACACGAGGAAGGAGAGGAGGCAGAUAAGGACGCCAGAGCCCGAGCAGAGGCAGAGCAACGGGAAGCUGAGAAAAAAGUCCAAGAAGACAUCGAGGAGGCUGAAACCAAAGCAGUGGGCACAUCACCUGAUGGACGGUUCCUGAAGUUUGACAUAGAAAUUGGACGUGGCUCUUUCAAGACAGUCUACAAGGGCUUGGACACCGAGACCACUGUGGAGGUGGCUUGGUGUGAAUUGCAGGAUCGUAAGCUUUCGAAGUCGGAACGGCAGCGUUUUAAGGAGGAGGCUGGCAUGUUAAAGGGACUACAACAUCCCAACAUUGUUCGCUUUUACGACUCCUGGGAAGGACCCUCCAAAGGCAGGAAGUGCAUUGUGUUGGUCACGGAGCUCAUGACUUCUGGCACACUCAAAACAUAUCUGAAGCGGUUCAAAGUGAUGAAAAUUAAAGUGCUGCGGAGCUGGUGUAGACAAAUCCUGAAGGGCCUCCACUUUCUUCACACUCGGGCUCCUCCAAUCAUCCACAGAGACCUUAAAUGUGACAACAUUUUCAUCACAGGCCCCACAGGGUCUGUCAAGAUUGGAGACCUGGGACUGGCCACUCUCAAACGCGCAUCCUUUGCCAAAAGUGUUAUAGGUACCCCUGAGUUCAUGGCGCCUGAGAUGUAUGAGGAGAAGUACGACGAGUCAGUGGAUGUGUAUGCCUUUGGAAUGUGCAUGCUGGAGAUGGCCACCUCAGAGUACCCUUACUCAGAGUGCCAGAAUGCUGCACAGAUCUACCGCAGAGUUACCAGCGGGGUGAAGCCAGGCAGCUUUGACAAGGUGGCCAUUCCUGAAGUGAAGGAGAUCAUCGAGGGAUGUAUUCGUCAGAACAAGGAUGAGAGGUACUCGAUCAAGGACUUGCUGAACCAUGCCUUCUUCCAGGAGGAUACAGGCGUGCGUGUGGAGCUGGCAGAAGAGGAGGAUGGAGAGAUGCAAGCUAUUAAGCUGUGGUUGAGAAUUGAGGAUGUAAAAAAACUCAAGGGGAAGUACAAAGACAGCGAAGCCAUUGAGUUUUCUUUUGACCUCAUCAAAGAUGUUCCAGAGGAUGUGGCUCAGGAAAUGGUUGACUCUGGUUAUGUGUGUGAAGGUGACCACAAGACCAUUGCGAAAGCCAUAAAAGACAGAGUUUCUCUAAUCAAUCUUAAGAGGGCUCAGCGGAAGCAGGUCAGAGAAGAUCAGGAGAAGAGAAGGCUUGAAGAAGAACAGCAAUCACAGCAAACAGGCCAACAGUCUGGCAUGGAGGCGACUCAGUCACAGCCCGUUUCACAGCAUGCAUCUUACAUGCCUCCACAGCCUAACCAACACAGCUCACAGAUGUCUGUCCAACCGGCAGCUCAACAGGGCCUUCAGACGUCUAACUACAACACUCCUCAAUCGCAGGGCGUUUCUUAUGUUCCCCAGACAACUGGGCAAAUCCCAGUACAGAAUCAGAGCUUAGCUGCUGUUCAGCCAGAGUCCGAAGAGCCAGAGAGUGACCAGCAGCUGCAGCACACUGGAGGUGGUAUGUAUCAAAGUAACAACACUUAACACUUCAGUGUAUUGAAAAGAAAUAUUGAGUUUAAAAACGGAGUCAAGCAAGCCCCAGUUUUUUUGUUUAGCUAAAAAUAAAAGAGGAAUAAUAACCAGUUUGGUUUUAGUUAGUACCCCACUUGCGC